ACGGGUCAAUAACACACAAACAAGAAAAGGUUUCAGUGCUUUUCCUCCGCAGAUACAUGAACAUGAAUUAGCAGCCUUAAAUUUUCUUUUUCUUUUUUGUCGUGUAAAACCAACAAAAGUGACUGCUCAUCCACAACCCUAAACCAAACCCCACUUUCUUAUUUUGCUGGCUCUACUUCUGAUGAUAAUACACAUAUUCCAUUUCCUAUAUAUACUUCUCAUCACGAAGCCAGGCAUUUACUUUGAUCUCGCAUCGGAUGUGGAAGAAUUUCCCUUUGGCCACGCCAUCAUGGAUUCGUCAGGACGAGCGAACUCCGGCUCUGGCGACGAUGGGAAGAGUGCUGCUGCUUGUCCCCGUGGCCACUGGAGACCCGCGGAGGAUGAGAAGCUCCGGCAGCUCGUUGAGCAAUAUGGUGCGCAGAACUGGAAUUCUAUUGCAGAGAAGCUUCAAGGAAGAUCAGGAAAGAGUUGCAGAUUAAGGUGGUUUAACCAACUCGAUCCAAGAAUUAACAGGAGGCCAUUUACCGAAGAAGAAGAGGAGAGGCUUCUUGCAGCACAUCGCGUGCACGGAAACAAGUGGGCGCUCAUAGCGAGAUUAUUUCCCGGUCGGACGGACAACGCCGUGAAGAACCAUUGGCACGUUAUAAUGGCGAGAAAGCAAAGAGAGCAAUCGAAGCUCUGUGGGAAAAGAAUCCAUCAAGAGUACUCUCUCGGCGACCCCACUGGUUUGCAAGGAAGAAAGACUCAUUUUCAAGAUGAAUUGCUUGGUUCGCAAUUCAGGUUCGAUCAGGGAAAGGGAUUUUUCAUUUUUCAAAGUCCCAGUAAAGAGAGGAAUUUCGCUCUACCGUCAUCUUCGUCGGCUUCUUGGACUUUUGGCAGCCAGUCGCUUGCAAAGUCCGCACACAACUCUUCUUCAGUUGAUGAUUUAAAUAGAAUAGAAAGAAGGGAUUACUACAAUCGAGCUUCCAAUAAUUAUUCCGGUAGAGAGGGGGCGAGAAGUUUGAGCCAACCCUUCCAUUCCCAUCCAUAUUCAUCCCUUUCCAGUGCUUACUCGAUUAGCCAAUACCAGAGGGUCGUUCCAAGUCCAUUCGGGUAUGUUUGCCUCGGCGAUGGCUGCAACGACAGUAACACGAUGAAGAAACAGGAGAUUGUGAGCUUCCACGAUGAAAUGCCGAGGUUAGAGAAGACCAGAUUGCACGUUAAUUCGACGCAUCAAGAACAAGCAGACAAGUCUCUCAAGCACAAAGACGUUCCUUUCAUAGAUUUCCUUGGUGUGGGGAUUUCUUCUUGAUAUGACUAUUGAUAACGAGAGAAAUUUUCCCAGAUAUUUAUCCGUGUCGUUUUUCUUUCCUGAGUAUCUAAUCAACUAAUUAGUGGUUUUGAGGGAUUUCACUUAA